AGCUGUCUCUCCCUCCUUCUUGACCUCUUCCCUUUGGAGGGCUCCUCCCAGCCCAGACCUAAGGGGAGAUGGGGGAAGCCCAGUUCCUGUUCUUGGUGCUUCUGCCCUUGCUGUGGGUGGCUCCAGUAGAGGCACCAGGGCCCCGGACAGAGGUCCGGGAGGUGUGGGCCCAGGAGGGGGCUCCUGCCCAGCUCCCCUGCAGCCCCACAAUCCCCCUCGAGGAUCUCAGCCUUCGAAUAGGAGGGGUUACCUGGCAGCAUCUACCAGACAGCCCGCCCCCAGCCCGGAGCGGCCCC